ACCCAUUUUAAAAACUUCUAUCCACAUUAGACCAUUCACUGAUCUCUCUAACCAAUCCACACACGUACAGAAUGGCCACCGUCGGUAGCUUCUUAGCCAAACCGAUCGCCACCGUAGUUCCAAGGCCUUCCUCCGCCGUUGCUUCGACCUCCUCCUUCGUAUUCUUCAACCAUAAAACCAACUCUCUCUUCCGAAGGCAAACCAUCCCGAAAAGACUAUUCUCCGCCGUUAGAGUGAAGGCUGGAGCGACAUCUCCGGGAAAGGUUGGUACACCGCCAGCGAAUGAUGAGAAGGUAAUAAAGAUUCACAGCGGAGAGGAGUUCGACGAGGCGUUGAAAAAUGCGAAGAGCAAGCUUGUGGUUGCGGAGUUUGCUACGAGUAAGAGUGAUCAUAGUAACAAGAUAUAUCCGUUUAUGGUGGAACUAAGCAGGACCUGUAACGACGUCGUUUUCUUGCUCGUCAUGGGUGAUGAAUCUGACAAGACCAGAGAGCUUUGUCGGAGAGAGAAGAUUGAGAAAGUUCCUCACUUUAGUUUUUAUAAGAGCAUGGAGAAGAUACACGAGGAAGAAGGUAUCGAACCGGACCAGUUAAUGGGAGACGUGUUAUACUAUGGCGACAACCACUCGGCGGUGGUGCAGCUACACGGCCGACCUGACGUAGAGAAGCUGAUCGAAGAGAACCGCACGGGAGGGAAGAUGAUCGUUCUUGACGUCGGACUGAAACACUGUGGUCCUUGCGUUAAGGUGUAUCCGACCGUGUUGAAGCUGUCCCGGUCGAUGGCGGAGACAGUAGUGUUCGCUAGAAUGAACGGCGAUGAGAACGAUAGUUGUAUGGAGUUUCUCAAGGACAUGAACGUUAUCGAAGUCCCAACUUUCUUGUUCAUUAAAGACGGCAAGAUUUGUGGUCGUUAUGUUGGUUCCGGUAAAGGAGAACUCAUCGGAGAGAUUCUCCGGUACUCAGGCGUUCGUGUCACGUAUUAAUUUGUAUCAGAAACUCAAUUUAUUAAACCAAUAAAUUGAUAUUUUUGGUUUUUGUCUGUACCAUUUGAGACUGUUAAUGUGAAAAAAAAAAACAUUUUGGGAUUUUCAGUAAGGGAAUGAAAUGUAAUUGUUACAUAAAGAUUAUGAUUUGUAGCCACCAAGCCAAUGAAGAUACUCUACUAUUUA